CGCAGGCGCACUUGUUGAACUGAGUCCACCUGCUGGCCAACAGCAUAGGUUCGAUCGGUUUGAAUAGUGCAAUCGAUCGCUGCCUGGGGAAUUUGGUGGCUCUUAAAUGAAGCAUACUGUAGUCGGAAUAGUUCAAUUUGAGUCCAUUUGUCUACCUUUUUCGUAAUUGGACGUUUUCACACCAUUCGCACCAGAAAAUCAAGCGUGCCUGGGAGACAUUUGCUCAGAAAAAGUACCGGUUUACGUUUCGUAAUCGAAUUCAGCAAAUCGUAUCGCACCGCGUAUCAAGGUUGAUUGGACCUAUAUUUGUGCAAUAAUGUCUCAAGAUAGUCGAAACGAGGAAUGCACACUGCGGAAUGCGGUUUCAACCGGUGUACUCUGCCCACAAAACACUGCUGUACCAGGACAGGACCAGCGGGCUAGUGGCGAUACUGGAGAUGAUCAUUGUGCACAAAACAAAGUCUUGCAUACACAUUCAGUUCCCCCAGUUUCUACUAUGUGUAGUUCACCUGAAGUUCACCGCACAGCCUCCGAGCUUUGCUCAUCUGGUUCCAUUGAUCUAGUCAAUUUUCUGGAUUACGAUGCUGCACACGGAAAGCAAGGCAAUCAGGAAGUAAAACAGGGCAUUUUCGAAGCUAACGACUCUGCAUCCAGUUUGAUUCAUGCAAGUCUACCAAAUACUAAGCUACCAAACGAAGCACCCCUAACAGAGGAAAAAGACUGUCAGGAGAAAUCGAGUACCGACUCCAGUAACUAUUCCACUUCAAUUUCUCCAUGUUCUGACAAUACCGAUAAGAUGGUCUCGGCGCCAACCAUGUCCCCGGCUGCGAGAGUGCUAACCCAAAAGGAAGCAGCUUCCUCAAGGGCCGUUAUGGAGGAGUUACAGUGCUACCCACUCUUUCAAAAACAAAAAGAAGCAGGCGAAAAGAUCAGCAUGCGUGCGGCAUCAGACCCUCCGCUAGAUGGUCGAUCCACAAUAGUUACCGACCUCACAAAUGUGAGUGAUACACCUUACUCACAUUCAAACAGAGUCCGUGAGAUGUUUCCUCAAGGUGGUUACUUGAAAGCAGCGCAAAAAUCGCAGGAGUUCGGAGUGGUAGGGGAUUCCUAUGCUUAUCAACAAGGAGAAGACACAAGUGCACACGACUAUCAACAGCCUCUCGGUCAGAGUGAUGCUUAUAUGUUGGGUCAAUGCAAUGGAAACCUCGGACGUAAGGGUGUGUUAAACACAAGAAAAAUGCCGAUGAACUACAUUUCUUACGAGGCGAGAUAUAACAAACCCCCGAACAAUUACUUGGUACAUGCACCCAGUCCAACUGGUAACUCCGAGUGGACCAACUCUCCAAUGCAACCGACCUCACCGACCGAUAAUAAUGCUAUCGGAACUACGAACUACACUCCCGAUGCGUCUAAUAAAACUAAUUUGAUUGUAAAUUAUUUACCGCCUUUUAUGUCACAAGAAGAGGUUAAAGCUCUGUUUUCCAGUAUUGGUGAAGUCGAAAGCUGCAAGUUGGUCCGGGAAAAAUCUACAGGGGAAAGCUUAGGAUAUGCUUUCGUUAAGUAUAUCAGAGCAGUCGACGCCGAUAAGGCUAUCAGAACACUGAACGGUCUAAGGCUGCAGAAUAAAACCAUCAAGGUCUCACUCGCGCGGCCCAGCUCUGAAUCGAUCAAAGGUGCGAACCUAUACAUUUGUGGACUACCGAAAAAAAUGACACAGGCUGAGUUAGAGGAGCUUUUUAAUCAGUGUGGACGAAUAAUCACAGCGCGUAUUCUCUACGACAACAAAACCGGAUUAUCACGUGGUGUGGCAUUCAUCAGGUUCGACCAACGUCAUGAGGCCGAAUUGGCCAUUCGCCGUUUGAAUGGAUAUCAAGCGCCACCGGAUCACCCUCACGGUGCACCGAGUGAGCCCAUCACAGUAAAGUUUGCCAACUCGCCAAACUCCGUGCGACACGAUAGUUUGAGUCUUGCGUUGCUGAAGCAAGCGGCACAGCUUCAGUCUGUGGCUGCCUCUGUUGUGGCUCCGCCUUCACGUACAGCUGCCACAGCAGCGGCCACGGCGGUUGCAGCAGCAGGCUUGUUAAACCCGCUUCACCAGAUUGCAUCUAUCUCUAAUCGUUUAAAAUAUUCCAAUGCCUUAGCUAGUGGCGCUGGUUCGCCCGGAUCAACCGCAGCGGAUUUUCUACCAGCGAUGGCAAGUGCGGCUGCGGUGGUAAACCCAUUGCUGGCACCGGCAGUUGCAGCCAGUUCAGGCGCUCUGACUGCCACAGGGUGGUGCAUUUUCGUCUAUAAUUUGGCCCCCGAGACAGAAGAAGCAAACCUUUGGCAACUUUUUGGUCCAUUUGGCGCGGUACAAACGGUGAAAAUAAUCAGAGACCCUACUACCAACAAGUGUAAAGGUUUUGGAUUCGUGACAAUGAGUAAUUAUGAAGAGGCCCUUCUGGCAAUUCAUUCACUGAAUGGCUUCGCUCUCGGCAACAGAGUCCUACAGGUAUCCUUUAAAACCACUCCUAAUGCGAAACUGCGGCCACCAUCGUCAAAUACACCACCUCCAACUGCAAGUCCUCUGCCUGCUGGAACAAUCAACAGUGUGGGCAACACGCAGCAUUUGCCCGCGGUUCCUACUCAUCAAAUUCCUGAAAUGUCAAACGGCCUGAACUCGCGGUACAUCGGUGGUACUCCGCCUAGUUUCGGACCACAACCGUCGCAACCUCAACAGCAACAGCUGCAGCCGCAACAACAACAUAACCAGACAUCCCAGCUGCAUAGUCAUAAUCAGGUGGGACAGCAGAAAUCGUCUCCAGCUGUGAACAUCAGAUCCGUCUCAUCGUCUCAGCCGAGCCUCAGUAGUAUCAGUCCACAACCCAACAAACCUCUGCUUGUACAAUAUCCGACUACCGGUGCUCCUGUACAACUGGCAACAGAUCAAUCUGUUUCGGAUAAUGCAAUGAAUGGAAAGGGUCAUAAGCCAGUCACUGUUACUUCCGGCAAAACAGAUCAAUCAAAUGGGCUCUCCAAUUCUUUUUCUGGUGCUCUUUCCCUUAAAAUCCCUCCAUUGAAUCAAACGCAUGGCGCGAAUGAGCGGGAAAAGCAACGUCUGCAAAACGAUAGAAACUGUUUUGAAAUAAAGGACACUGUAUUCGGUGCAGACGGAAAUUCAAGCAAGCUGGGAAGGCACUCUGGCACGGUACCGGAGGUUUAUGAAACAAAGUGUUAACCGUCAGUGGGUUCAGUACUUUAAUGCUCAUGAUUAAUUUUUGCAACAUGUUCAACAAUUUUCUUUACACUUAUUUAAAUGGUGCAAAUGGUACCAUCUCACAGUUCCGUUUCUUGUGUUACGCCUUAUUCAACUUUUCUUUCUUAUACGAGCCUAUAUGAGUUAGCGCAAUUUAAUUGAUGCGCCUGCUAUUUGCUGAGCCCUACCUUCAGUUACUUUUGUGAUUUUUUCACUCAUUCAACAUAGUAAACUCUUAGGUAGUUUGAAGUGGUAGUAGUACACGAUCCGUGAUUUGUCUUUCUCCUACUUUGAAGUUACGAGCCAUUAUGCAGCCGACCAGUUAGCAUCAACUCCGUGCGCGCCGCUUCAGUUACAUCCACAUUUCCUCACACAGAUAUGUAAUAAUUUAACUCGGCAGUUGUGAACCCAGUGUCUUAGUCGAAAGUUUAACCAGUCGUUAUGACAAACCGAAGAACGAGUGUUCCAUCGAUCAUCUUAUUUAGGAUGGAAUAAACACGGAGUACUGCUUCCCUGUUCCUUUAUGGCGCCAUCCUGGGGAAAGAUUUUGUGCAACUGCGCCUAUUAAUGCAUCCGUAUUUGUCAUCACAGAUGGCCUCUUAGUUUACAACUUUUCUUCUAAAAAAUCCGUUACUGUACGUCGUAUGACUGCGUUAUUUUAAUCAGUUCAAUAUGAUUGUACAUAUUUUACCGCUUAUAAUUGUACUUCUCAAAUGAAUUUUAUUGUUCAUUUCGAUAAACUAUGUUCGAGUAG